GAAGAGCAAUAGUAAUUAAUGCUGUGCAUGUGUUGAGUCGCACAGAAAUGUUCAGCUUUGUGGAUUUUGCCCUGUAUUUAUCAUUCAUAGUUUUACUUUGUGGUUCAAUGGUGUGUUAUUCAAUCCCCUUAUUCUUUCUGAGUAGGCUAUUGCUCUUCCUUAAGCUCUCACUGGAUUCAUCUUAACGGGAUACAAUGGACCUAAAAGAGUACUUGAACAGGAUUGGGUUUAUUGGCCAGUAUGACAAAGCUGAGCUGGACAAUUUGUUCACCAUCCACAAGCUGCAUGUUAUGAAUAUUCCAUUUGAGAACCUCAGCAUCCAUUCUGGCGAGAAGAACACUAUGGACCUAAACAUCAUCUAUGAUAAAAUAGUCAAGAGCAAUCAGGGAGGCUGGUGUUGUAAAAACAACCUCUUGUUCUCAUGGGUCCUGAAGGAAAUUCACCAUGUUAGGCUCCAAAGUGUUCAACUGGAACAGGAGUUUCUCCCCAUGGAUUCUCAUCUCAUUAUUUUAAUAAUUAAUUUAUGCAUUUAGCAGACGCUUUUAUCCAAAGCGACUUACAGUACAUUCUUUUUACCAGUAUGUUUAAUUAAUUUUUAAUCUUGUAGAGAUUGAUGGGAAGCAGUACAUUGCAGAUGUGAGCUUUGGAGUGUCACACCAAAUCUGGCAUCCCUCGGAGUUGAUCUCAGAUGACGCCCUCCUCUCUAGGAGCCAAUGAGAAGAGAGCUUCCGCGAUUGGCUGGUGCACGCUGACGGCAGUGGCGUGUGUUUGCAGGCCUGAGCUGAGCGACUACAGCACUUGGGGGAAGAGCAAUGCAUUCAUUAGAACAAGCCGAAGACCUGAAGGCUUUUGAGAGGAGACUGACAGAGUAUGUGUCUUGUUUGCAGCCGGCUACAGGUCGUUGGCGCAUGAUUCUGAUCGUGGUGUCUGUGUGCACAGCUACAGGAGCCUGGAACUGGCUGAUAGAUCCAGACACUCAGAAAGUUUCUUUCUUCUCAUCUUUAUGGAAUCAUCCAUUUUUCACUAUCAGCUGUGUGACUCUGAUUGGCCUUUUCUUUGCUGGAAUACACAAACGAGUUGUCGCACCAUCUAUUAUUGCAGCACGCUGCCGGACAGUACUAGCAGAAUAUAACAUGUCCUGUGAUGAUACGGGGAAACUUAUCCUGAAACCACGGCCUCAUAUCCAAUAGCACUUUGAAGAGACAGAAAUGGAGAGUAUUUCAUAUCAACAUAUUAAUCAUCAAGAUUGCACAUAGGCCUCAAUGCCAGGAGUUUAUCCAAAGUGUGUGAGGGUUGACCUCCCAAAUAGGACUCUAAAUUCCCUCUGCAAUAUAUGAAGAAGCAAUGAGAGCUCAAAAGGAAAUGUCCGUUUUGAAGAAAAACAUUGUUUCUGCUAUUUUUAGAUAACAUCCUUAUAUUUCUGUUGAAAAUUUGAGUUUUAUUUGAUUGUGGAUUUUGAUAUCCUCAUUUGUAAAGCUGUUCUAUUUUAGAUGCAUACGGUGUAUGUAUUUUUAAGUAAAUUGCUGAACACAUAAUAAAUAUUAAAGUGUAGAUAUUUGUUCACCUUAAGCUUGUUUCUACAUAUGUAGGCAACAUUUGUGAAAUGUUUAUGCCUAUGACAUGAUGUGCUGCUUUUUGUUGUUUUUAAAAGUACUUUUAUACGACCAAAGGCUGCACUAGUUGUUUAACAUAAAAGGUAGACAGGCAAAUGCAUCUUAAAUGAGUGUCAUGGUUGGCUGAGAUUUUAUUUACUUUCACUCCAGAGUCAAAGUCUACAAGAAAAUCUUUAAAUGAGCUGUGUUGGCAAUAAUAAAAGUUGUUUGUUA